ACUUACAACAAGUGUCAAGUGACGAAAGUUUACAAUUUCCAAUUUGUUAACUUUUUCGUAGUUGUAUUAAUUAUUACUUAUAUUGCGUGGUUUAUUUUAUCGGCGGGCCUCGUAUAUGAUUACUUAAUUUAUUUCAAUAAAACUUUUAUUGUUGAUCAUUAAUUACUUAUCGUAUUAUGGUCAAUACACUAUAACAGACCUAGCCCGAUAAGGCUUCGUUGGCAUACUUUUGAAGUGAUAUAGAGUGAAGUGUAAUAACCAUUUUAUAUUAUUACAUCUCACAAAAGAUACAAUGGCUACUCGCAAAAGAAGUGGAUCAGGGUCUAAAAGACACCUGAAGGAAAAAGUGGUGCAAAUUUAUGAGUCUUUCUUCAGAGGGGAAGAUUUAACUACUGAUAAUGCAACAUUCUGGGACGAAUUUUUUCUGUUGAAGCCUAAAAUUCCUCAAUUGGAAGCUGAAAUUCACAAACUGUCUGUGGAGCAGCUCAUGAAUAUGAAAGACAGUAUGAACUUGCUUGUAUCCCAAUGUAUUGAAAUGUUAGGGCAGGAGCAUCACAUAAGAUUGGUAUAUGCUCUUCAAACAUUGAGUGCUCUUUUGAUAACCAUGUAUCAAAGAGCAACACAAGACCCAAACAUCAACAUCAAAAUAAUUUUGAUUGGAUCAGAUAAUCCUGACAUGAAAAUGCAAAAGUUUUUUGAACAUUGCAGCACCAUAUUAUCAGGAGAUGUUCCAGACAGUCUGAAGUCAAUGGUUUUAAAGCUUCUACUGGUAAUAGCAACAGGAAUAGACAAUAUUGAUGAUAAUCCAUUAGUGGAGUAUUUUAUGCAAAACUCAUUGUUUGAGCCUUUAAUACAACUCCUUUGCACAUCUACUGAAAGACAACAUCAUGGAUAUGAUGUGGUCAUGUUGUUGAUGUUUUUGGUAAAUUAUAAAAAACAAGAAUCAGCUAAUCCUUAUGUAGUGAAGUUAUCAAUACUAGAUGACGAAUUAGCAUUAAAUGGAUAUGGGCAAGUCAUAACCGCAGCAUUGAAUGACUACGUGAUGUCCACUUUCGGCGGCAUGCAGGGAGGAGGUGGGGGCGGGGGUUGGCUGUCCUCUCUCACCAGCAUGGUCGGCGGGAUAUUCCUUACCAGUGAUGAGACUCAACCUGUAGUAAGAGGGCAGAGAAACAGUGGUGGUGAAGAAGGAAUGUUACUAGCAUUAUACGAGGCAGCUCACUUAAAUCGCAACUUUAUGACAACUCUCGCGCAUUCGUCGUCGGCAGCUGCUUCCUCGGCGCCCCCCUCGCCGCCUGCGACCUUACCGCCGCAUCAGACCCCGCCGAAUUUAACACAAAUUCAAGCUCUUGACAAUGAGCAGCCCACAAACCUACUAGUCACGUUCUUCCAAUAUUGUUCCAUUGUAAUGGCAGAUACGCGAAGCGAGUCAAGCAUAAACAAAUGCAGCCUAUGUUUCAUUAUACUUACCUGUAUAGUUGAAGAGCAAUUCGCUAAUUCUAUUAUGCAUGACCAAAAUCUUACAUUUAAGGUACAGUUAUACAGGCUUCCAAUGCGCCAUAGGAAAAUAGUGUUAGAAGAACCACCAUCGCAGCCACUGGCAUCUACCUUAAUAGAUCUUCUUGUCGAAUUUAUAAUGUGCCAUCUACUAAAGAAAUUCCCUGGGGAGCUGUAUCAACUGUGUGUUGGAGUAUUACUAAGGCUGCUAAGCUAUCAGAAGCGAUGUCGCGUGAGACUCGCACGCGAUUGGCGACCGUUAUGGGCUGCCCUUAUUGCGCUACUGAAGUUCUUAGUUACCAACGAAAGCACUCUAUUGAGGAGGCAUAACAUUUUCAUCAUGGCCCAACAGGUUGUGAAUAUUUUCAAUCUGUUCAUAACAUUUGGCGAUACAUUUCUGCCAACUCCGGCGUCGUAUGACCAGUUAUAUUACGAACUGAUUCGAAUGCAUCAAGUGUUUGAUAAUCUUUUCUAUAUGGCCUUACGUUAUUCAACCAGUGACGGUGAAUUCAAAGCAGAGGCAUUGCGACUAGCCAACUGUCUGGUGAAUGUGCGAGCUAUAAUCCAGCACUUCUCGCCGAAAAUAGAAGCAUGGCUUGCUUCACAGAAUCUUUCUACACCUACUGAAGAUCAGAUUCUCGAAGUAGUCAGGAAGAACUACGACAGUUUGAUUCUUAAGUUACAAGAAGGCUUGGAGUCUUACGAACGGUAUUCGGAAAGGGACCAUCGGCCGCUGCUCUCGCGCCUCGUGUUGGCCGCACGUCAACGUAGCGACAGCUCCGCCCUACACCAUCACACGGCCGCUGCACUAGAACAUUACACGAGCAUCUCUUGAAUAUUUCAUCCUCAGUUCUAUGGUACGAUACCGUUCUGCAUGUAUAAGGCGUUCCAGUAAAAGCGCCUUUGGACUAUCUGCCCUGUUCGGUCCCAAUUGGAUAUUUGACUGUUUUGUUUUUAUUGGUUUAGCCGUUUUCCCGCGGUUUCAACCGCGUCCCAAAGGGCACUGCUGCCCGUACCCGGAUAAUAUAUAGCUUCCCAACAUUGAAAGAAUUCUUAAAUCGUUCCAGUAGUUUCGCAGCCUUUUCAUGUCAAACAAACAAUCAAAUUUUCCCUCUUUUUUAAAUAUUAGUGAAGAUUAAAAAACUGUGCACACACAAAUUCAAUUUCUUCUGACUUUCUCCAAAAACUAUCAUAUACUUUUUCAUUGUAUUUUUUAAACGAUUUUAUAUAAGAUCUACUUUCAGUUUUAGGUGUUUGUUGACAUUCAAAUACCCAAUUGCUAUUAACGCCGGCUGUUUAAAUAAGCGCACUAAAAAAAUAAUGAAAGUAUGUACUUCUAAACUGAAUUAAAUAAAUGUUUGACCUUGUUAUGAGGACAUAAUAGAUACCUAAAUCAAUUUUAAAGUUUCGUUCUUGGAGCAUGAACCAAGACGAUAAUAUAAUUAUUUUAAAAUAAAUGGCGAAAUCUUGGUAACUUAGCUGUUAUCUAUUCCAAAAUAUAUUUACAGCCACAAUUAAUUAAAUCAGCAUGUAUUUCAUUAAAUCUUUAGAUCAAUAUCGGAUAAUCCAUUUGAUAACAUCAUAAGGUGAUCAUAUCUAUAAAAACCUUUAUGUUAAUAAGGUGAUUACAAUUUAAUGGAUUAUUAUAUUGUUUAGUAGAGGUAGUGACAAUACAAUAAUUUUACAGAUAGUUAUCUUGUGUAAGUAAUGGUCUGUAUUGUAAGGUACAUCUGUAUUUUAUUUACCUUAUUCUUAUAUAUUAAUUAAGGUCUAGUAUUUCGAUACGCAUUCGGUUGUUACCUUACUUUAUGGUUAGAGUCAAUUUAGAGUUUAUACCCUUUGUCAACAUACCCCCAAUGGUCCAUGCAUUUUGCGUUCUUAUGAGUAGAGGCCAAAGACAAGCGCUUUUUAAGUUACUCCUUGAGAUCGCCCAAAUAUGAUUUGUAUCUUAAAAUAUUUAAACAUCUGAAUUAGCUCACCUUAUGUUUUAGAUGCUUGGUGUACCUAUUUAAUAUUAUUGGCCAUGUAUUUUUAGAAAUACCUAUAUUUAUAUUUAACUAUACAGAAAUUAUAUUUUUAAAAGAUAAGACUUUAGGUUACUUAUAAAGGAAUUAUCAUUUUACCUUUAUGAAUUAGAGUAAUCAUCUGAGUGAACAGGCGAAAUAAUAAUUAUGAUAAUACUUUUGAUAUAUGUGUAUGGAAGAGCUUUUAAAUGAAGUAUAUGAUUAAUGUUACUUUAAUAAAUUAUUUUUGUGAACCAA